CAGAAGCCCCCACAAUACGCAAACUUCUGCUUUCUCUUCUCUCUACGCGCUCUUUUAAACCCUUCAUUUAAACCUCUCCCACCUUCUCUCUCUAAAAAAGCAAAAGAAGAGAGAGGAGAGUCGCAGAUAUAACAGAAUAAGAAGCAGAUCUGCGCGAAAACCCGAAGGCAGAGUACAGAACUCGUUGAAAAAAAAAAUGGCGCAAAAGUCACUGAUCUAUGCAUUUGUGGCUCGAGGAACUGUGAUUCUGGCGGAAUACACCGAAUUCAGUGGCAAUUUCAAUUCCAUAGCGUUUCAGUGCCUACAGAAACUUCCAACGUCGAACAACAAGUUCACUUAUAACUGCGAUGGCCACACCUUCAACUACCUCGUGGACAGCGGUUUCACAUAUUGUGUAGUUGCUGAUGAAUCGGCAGGAAGACAGGUUCCUAUGGCUUUUCUGGAGCGUGUUAAGGAUGACUUUUUGUCUAGAUAUGGAGGUGGAAAGGCUGCGACAGCUUCUGCUAAUAGCCUUAACAAGGAUUUUGGGUCGAAGUUAAAAGAGCAUAUGCAGUACUGUAUUGAUCAUCCUGAAGAGAUAAGCAAGCUUGCAAAGGUGAAGGCUCAGGUUUCUGAAGUGAAAGGUGUCAUGAUGGAAAAUAUUGAAAAGGUUUUAGAUCGUGGAGAAAAGAUAGAGCUGCUAGUAGACAAGACUGAAAACCUUCAUCAUCAGGCACAGGACUUCCGGAAUACAGGAACAAAAAUUCGGAGGAAAAUGUGGCUGCAAAACAUGAAAAUCAAGCUGAUUGUUUUGGGUAUUCUGAUUGCCUUGAUCCUCCUCAUAGUCCUCUCUGUUUGCCAUGGGUUCAACUGUGGAAAGUGAGCAUAUCUUUCUCUGUGAAGAGCAUAGUAUACUGUAAGAAGCUGAGCUCAUUGUUAAAGCCUUUGAGUUCGAAUGAUUUAUGUAUGUAGCAGAAAGUCAGCUAAUUCCAUAUUACUAGUUUGCACAUGAUGGGAACCGUAAAUUUGUUAUAUUUUAUGAGAAUGUGUAAAAGAUAAAGUUGAUAGUCUUUUCCUUCA